GCGCAUGCGCACUGUGAUCAGCGGUAUUGCUUGGAUACGUUUCUUCUGAGCUCAAAGAUUCUUAACCGCGGAUCUUUGCGGCUGGCAUGUUGUGGCGAGACCCGGGCGGCUUAUCUAUAGCGUUCUAUGGCCAGGACGUAGCUCUCAGGACGUGGCGAAAAGCCGAGGGGGAGGUGAGGUGUGUCUGAAGCCCGUAUGCUCUAAGAUGAAGAAGAUUUUUGGCUUUGGGAGUAAGAAGGGCGAGUCGCCUUUGGGCUCCUCCACCAGUCCGGGGAGGGAGGGCAGAAAUAGAAGCAACUCGCAUCCCGGGUACCACAUCCGAGACAAGGAUCUGGGGAAGAUCCACAAGGCAGCCAGUGUUGGCAACGUAGCCAGGGUGCAGCAGAUUCUGUUGCUCAGAAAAAAUGGUUUGAACGACAGAGACAAGAUGAACAGGACUGCUCUCCAUUUGGCCUGUGCCAAUGGCCAUCCAGCAGUGGUAACUCUCCUGGUAGAGAGGAAAUGCCAGCUUAACCUCUGUGACAAUGAGAACAGGACAGCGCUGAUAAAGGCGGUCCAGUGCCAGGAGGAAGAAUGUGCAAGUAUCCUGCUGGAACAUGGUGCCGACCCAAAUCUUGCGGACCUCAGUGGCAACACUGCCCUCCACUAUGCUGCCUUUGGUCAGAAUAUCUCCAUCGCAGCAAAGCUGCUUUCAUACAAUGCCGAUAUUGAAGCAAGAAACAAGGAUGAUCUUACACCACUUUUACUUGCUGUCCGUGAAAACAAACAGCAAAUGGUGGACUUUUUAGCAGAGAAAGAAGCAAACACGCAUGUGGUUGAUAAGAUCAAAAGCAAUCGCCAACUUAUUUCUGAAUAUAAGGAAGAAAAGAGACCUAAAAGUCCUUCUCUAAAUAGCAACCUAGUAGUGGAUGAGAGUUCUGAAGAAGACUCUUUAAGCAGGCUUUCUGACAAACCUGGUGUUGAUGAUUCAUGGCCUACAUCAGAUGAAGACUUCGAUUUUGAUACCAAGCCUGUACUGAAACCAAGCUUAACAACGCUAAUGAGUGCUUCUCAGCUGCCCAAGAAAAUCACAGAAGCAAAAUGCGGCAUUGUGGGACCAGAAAAUAAUACCUUCUUUGAGGACAAUAAUUCUGCUAGUGAAAAUGAAGAUGUGGUUGAAACCUUUCCUAAACCAUCAAUCAACGUCCAGGACUUUUCUAAUUCUGCCUUUCCAUCACCUGAAUCUUUUCUAAAACCUUUCAAGUCUUUAACAGGCCUUGGUCUUACAAAGGAAGGAGAAACAAAGCCAGAAACUGGGAAAAAAGAAAAUAGUACUGAUGUUAUUGAAAGUGCCCCACAAGAGCCAACAACUCAUGACAAUUUGACUUCUGUUAAUGGAGCACGCAGAAAUAAUAGAAGUGAUAUGUUGUCAGCAUUGGGAUUAGAAGAGGACGAUAUAGAAUCACCUUGGGAUUCUGAGAGUAUCUCUGAGAGUCUUCCACAGAAGUUCGUUGAUCAUUUUUCUGGGGCUUCGGGUCAAAGAGGAAAAAAUCUAUUAGAUGGAGAAGUAGAAGAUGUGUUUUAUAUACCUUCUUGCAUGAGUGGAUCAAGAAACUUUAAGAGGGCUAAACUAGAGGAUCCAAGAAAUGGAGGCAUACCAGUAGCCCACAUGGAUUCUCCUGAAGAAUAUCCUCACUUGAAGCCUGCAGUUGGAGUGAAAGAGUCUGUUCCUAAUAAAACACUAGGAAUGAAGGAUUUACAAAAAUCCAGAUCAGAUUUCUUAGCAGAACCAGACUUAGAAAUGACAUUAGAGGAAGAGCAAGAAAGGCUUGAUGGAAAUGAAAAUAACCACUCACAGGUUGAGGAAGAAAAGAAGAAGCACAGAAACAGUGUAAUGGAAGUAUCAGAAAACAGACGUGAUGCUGCUGAGAGUGGAUUAAUUCAAAAGAGAGAGAACGGAAAAACUAAUAACCAGCAGUUUCCUACUAUGGAGAAUGACGUUUUUGAUAGCAGUCCUGGCAUAUACCUGAAGGACGUAAAGAAAAAUGAAAAUGAAAAAUGGACAUCAGAAACACUUGAGAUUACACCAGUAUUUGAGAAGGCUGAUUCACCGACUGGUGGUUUACUACACAUGAAUGAUGAUAGCAGCUUAAGUGAAAUAGAUCAGGAUGAUGGCAGGCCUGCAAAGAAAACAUCUAAUGAAGAGAACAAGGUCAAAGAGCAAAUUAAUUCUGUGGAUGACCUUGAUGACUUAACUCAGUCAUCUGAAACAGCUUCCGAGGGUUGUGAGUUGCUAUACUCCAAUUAUAAGAAUUCUAUGUUGCUUAUUGAACAACUUGGCAUGGAGUGUAAAGAUUCUGUUAGCUUAUUGAAAAUUCAGGAUGCAGUUCUUUCAUAUGAAAGAUUACUAGAACUUAAAAAAAGCCACUGUGAUGUACUUAAUGGAAAAAUUAAAAAAAUGGAAAAUAAAGUUAGUGGGCUGCAAAAGGAGCUAUCAGAAACAAAAGAAGUGAAAUCUCAGUUAGAGCAUCAAAAAGUGGAGUGGGAGCAAGAGCUCUGCAGUUUGAGAUUCACCUUAAAACAAGAAGAAGAGAAAAGAAGAAAUGCUGAUAUGUUAUAUGAAAAAAUUAGGGAGCAGUUAAGAAGAAAAGAAGAGCAAUAUGGUAAAGAAGUUGAAAUGAAACAGCAACUUGAACUCACCCUCAGAGCACUAGACAUGGAAUUGAGGACUGUGAAAAAUAAUCUGAACCAGGUUAUAGAAGAGCGAAAUGACAUUCAGAAGCAACUCUCUCGAAAACAAAAUGCUAGAAUUUUACAAGAUGGAAUCCUGACCAAUCACCUUUCCAAACAAAAGGAGAUAGAAAUGGCUAAUAAGGAAAUGAAUUCUGAGGUUUCUGAAUGUCGUGAAAAAGAAGAAAAUCUGUUGCGCAGAAACCACAUGUUGCAGGAUGAAAUUGCCCUGUUAAAACUGGAAAUAGACACAAUAAAAAAACAGAACCAGGAAAAGGAAAAUAAAUAUUUUGAAGACAUUGAAAUUGUAAAAGAAAAAAAUGAUGACCUUCAAAAGACAAUAAAACUUAAUGAGGAGACAUUAGCAAAAACUAUCUUGCAAUACAGUGGACAGCUUAAUGUUCUGACAGCUGAGAAUACAAUGCUGAAGUCUAAGCUGGAAAGUGAAAAACAAAAUAAAGACAGACUGGAAGCGGAAGUUGAAUCCUACCAUUCUAGACUGGCUGCUGCCAUACAGGAUCGUGAGCAAAGUCAGACGUCAAAAAGAGACCUGGAACUUGCCUUCCAGAGAGCAAAAGAUGAGUGGUUACGGCUACAGGACAAAAUGAAUUUUGAUGUGGCUAACCUGAAAGAUAACAACGAGAUGCUUUCUCAGCAGCUGUCUAAAACCGAAAGUAAAUUCAAUAGCCUGGAAACCGAGCUCCAUCACACGAAAGAUGCUCUCAGAGAAAAGGCUUUGGUGUUAGAACGCGUACAGAGAGACCUUAGCCAAGCGCAGGGUCAGAAGAAGGAAAUUGAACACAUGUAUCAGAGUGAACAAGGCAAAGUGAACAAAUACAUGGGCAAGCAGGAGUCCUUGGAGGAGAGAUUGUCCCAACUACAGAGUGAAAACCUGUUGCUACGACAGCAGCUGGAUGACGCGCAAAAUAAAGUGGACAGCAAAGAGAAGACGGUGAUUAAUAUCCAAGGCCAGUUUCAGGAUAUCGUGAAAAGACUUCAAGCUGAAAGUGAAAGACAAGGUCUGAUGCUGGAGGAAAGAAACAAGGAGUUAACCAAUGAAUGUAAUCAUCUGAAAGAGAGACUGUAUCAGUAUGAAAAUGAGAAAGCGGAAAGAGAAGCAGUUGUGAGACAACUUCAACAAGAACUGGCUGAUACCUUGAAAAAGCAGUCCAUGUCAGAGGCUUCACUGGAGGUGACCUCGCGUUACCGUGCCAACUUAGAAGAUGAGGCACAGGAUUUAAAGAAGAAAUUACGUCAAAUCACAAGUCAACUGCAAGAAGCUCAGGAUCGACAUACAGAGGCUGUGAAAUGUACUGAGAAGACACAGGAUCACGUGCAAAAGCUUGAAAUUGAAAAUGCCAAGUUAAAAGUUACAGUCAAAAAGCAAGUGGGCAAAAUUGAACAGCUUCAGAAAAACCUGUUAAGUACAGGCUCGUCUGAGGAUGAAAAGGAACAAUUAAAGAAACUUACUGAGUUAAAACAAUCUCUGGAAAGUAGUUUAGAUCAAGAAAUGAAGAAAAAUGAUGAAUUAGAGAAAGAGCUUACUGGAUUUAAGGAACUCUUAAAAAUGACAAGAAGGAAGUUAAAUGAAUAUGAAAAUGGAGAGUUUAAUUCCCCUGGCGAUUUAAAAACCAAUCAAAUUGAAAUGGAUAUUCAGAUUAAUCUGCUAAAACAUAAGAUUGAUGAUCUGACAGCAAAACUGGAAACUGCCUCUUCAAAAUGUCUACAUCUGGAUACCAAAAAUCAAGUUCUUCAACAGGAAUUAUUAUCUAUGAAAGUAAUGCAAAAGAAAUGUAAAAAACUAGAGAAGAAUAAAUCAAAGUUGGAACAAGAAGUAGUAAACCUCAAAAGUCACAUAGAAAUGAAUACGGUAGAACGCAGCCAAGUAGAGCAGUAUAAACGGGAGAUUGAAGAAAGAGCAAGACAGGAGUUAGUAGAAAAAUUAAAAGAAGUCAACUUAUUUCUGCAGGCACAAGCAGCAUCUCAAGAAAACUUAGAGCAGUUAUGGGAGAAUAAUUAUGCUUCAAUAAGAAGUCAGAUGGAACUUAGAAUUAAAGAUCUAGAAUCUGAACUCUCCAAAAUGAAAUCUUUUCAAGAAUAUUCUGAUAAAACAGAAUUGGAAAAAUAUAAGCAACUCUAUCUAGAAGAAGUAAAACUUGGAAAGUCGCUGGCAAAUAAACUAAACAAGACUAAUGAGAGGCUGGCCGAGAUCAGUGCCAAGCUUCUGGUGGAGAAAGAGCAGAACAGAUCGUUACUCCACACUCUUACUACAAGGCCAGUCCUGGAGCCGCCUUGUGCUAGAAAUCUUAAUAAUGGUUUAAUGUUCAAUAGGAAUCUUACUCCGAGAGAAAACUUAGUGAUUUCUACCUCAAGUCCACGCCCUUCAAAUGACAGCAUAGAGACUUACUUGACCAAGAUGCAGCAGGAGUUGCAAAAGAAUAUAAGUAGAGAACUAGCAGAAGCGGCUGCUGAAUUUGAAUCUGGAAUCUGUAGAACUUCUCCUCUAGGAUCUACUGAUGAUCUAGUUUUGAAAACAUCUCAAGAAUAUGUACAGAUUUUGAAGAAAAAUUAUAUGCUAUGAAAGAUAAAUAGUAAACAUUUAUCUACUGGACUGUUUACAUAACAUUUUAGUUGUUUUCCCUUAAUUAAGAUGUGAAAAUCUUUAUGAAAGGAAAAUAUUUUUGUAUCAUAUAUGUAAGAUGAGAAUUUAUAUAGUACUUUAAACCAUGUUUUCUGCAUCUGACUUACUUUUAAGCAGAUUUUGUGAAUAAAAACCAGCACUGUUGAGUUUUACAUAGUCCAACUCAGCCCGGACACCAGCAGUUUAAUCAGCCCCCAAACAAUCAAGGCUGUCAUUAAUAUUUAGCAGUGUUGAUUAGAUAGCUUUCUUAUAGUUUUCAGUUUUUAUCGCUAUGUAUAGACCUAAAAAUUUAGACAUUAUUUGAAUAUACUGCUCCUGUGGCUAUUGUCAAUGUUUUCCUGUAUUACAAUUGUUAUAGAGUCAUUAAAACUCACUCUAUAUAACUUUAAACACUGACACAUAGAUCUUUCCUCAUGGAGCAAUAAGAUUUGACUAAUGCUUUUUACCUUUUCUAUUUAUUUUUUUAAAUUUACUUUUUGGAAGCAGUUUUAAAAUUAGAAAAGUUCUGAGCACCUGACUCAAACAGACAUCAUCACAAAACUACCAUGUCUCCCAUAUAUUCCCCUAAGGUAUCGUUUAUCUUUCCCAAGAGUCAUUUGUUCUCCCAUAAGCACUUUCUCUCCCCCACUACCAAGAAGUCAUUUAUUUUUCCGAAAAUGCCUUUCUCAUACUCUUUGCCGCUUACUACAUAGUAUGUAAACCCCAGAUUCUAGCCAUUCCUUCAAAUCACAUUUCUUUGUGAACACCUACAUGAAGACAUACAUUAAAUGUUUUUUCGCAGGGUAA